UUUAACUAAUCCCCGGUCGUUCCGGUUUCUCCGUACCCGUUCUCCGUUCUUCCGCCGCCCCAAUUUCUUCCGUACAGUCUCCUACCGGCAUAUUCCGGUCACUAACUUCACAUCAUCUCUUACACUAAAAACAAGAAAAUCAAUCAACACAAAAUUAAUUAUUAAUUAUAUUUUUAAAAAUUCGAAAGCCUGAAAAAAAUACCCAAUCCUUUCGUUUCAGAUAAAAUAAUCUUAUUUUUAAUUUUAAUUAAAAUUAAAAAAAUAAUUUGUUUAGCGAUUGUGUUUGUUGCUGAAGGUGCCUUGUGAUUUUCUCCUCCGUUCCGUUUUGUUCUGUUUUGUUUCCUUCGUUUCGUUCACCUUUCAAUUUCAUUCCCCGAGUUCGUUAGAAAGAGAACGAAAGAGUGACAGAGAAAGAGAAAAACCUAAUUAAAUUCAGAAGAUUUUGGUUGUUUAUUUUUCUCUCUGAAUUGAAGAGUAAAGGAUCUGUGUUAGGGUUUCUGAUUUCGUUUUGAUCGAAAUGCUACUUGAGAACGGGAUUUCGCGGCAAUUAUAGCUCCGAUCUUAACGGAGCUUCUCGAAUCUCUAGGGUUAAACAAUGGAUGUUGAUUCUUCCAUGGUGGCGGAGAACGAUCACGGUUCAGCGGUGCAGAACAAUGAAGAGAGAGAACAGAUAGGGGAGACGCCGUCAUCAUCUUCUUCUGGCGGUGGAUCUCCCGCGGAGCAACAACCGCAGCAGCAAGGUGCUGCUGCGGCUGCUCAGGCGCAGCAUAGUCCAGUUGUUGGUCCGAGGCUUGCUCCGAGUUAUACAGUUGUGGAUGCGAUUUUGGAGAAGAAGGAUGAUGGACCGGGGCCGCGGUGUGGUCAUACGUUGACGGCUGUGCCUGCGGUGGGUGAGGAUGGAACGCCUGGAUACAUUGGUCCGAGACUGAUUUUAUUCGGUGGUGCAACUGCACUUGAAGGGAAUUCUGCUGCUUCAGGGACUCCUACUUCUGCAGGAAAUGCAGGCAUACGUUUAGCUGGUGCCACAGCUGACGUCCACUGUUAUGAUGUCUUGACUAAUAAAUGGUCUAGGAUAACUCCCUUUGGAGAGCCUCCAACCCCAAGGGCUGCACAUGUGGCCACUGCUGUGGGCACGAUGGUAGUUAUUCAGGGUGGCAUUGGUCCUGCUGGAUUAUCGGCGGAGGACCUUCAUGUUCUUGAUCUCACACAGCAACGACCAAGAUGGCAUAGAGUUGGCGUUCCAGGGCCUGGACCAGGGCCACGCUAUGGACAUGUUAUGGCUUUGGUGGGGCAGAGGUAUCUCAUGGCAAUUGGAGGCAAUGAUGGAAAGAGACCUUUGGCUGAUGUAUGGGCCUUAGACACAGCUGCCAAGCCCUAUGAAUGGCGCAAAUUGGAGCCAGAAGGAGAGGGUCCGCCUCCAUGCAUGUAUGCAACUGCAAGUGCACGCUCUGAUGGGCUUCUUCUGCUUUGUGGUGGGAGGGAUGCCAAUAGCGUUCCGCUGGCUAGUGCAUAUGGACUUGCUAAACAUAGAGAUGGUCGUUGGGAAUGGGCAAUUGCCCCAGGUGUUUCACCAUCUUCAAGAUAUCAGCAUGCAGCGGUGUUUGUUAAUGCAAGACUCCAUGUGUCUGGCGGGGCUCUUGGUGGAGGACGGAUGGUAGAAGAUUCAUCUAGUGUAGCAGUGUUGGACACUGCUGCUGGUGUUUGGUGUGAUACAAAAUCAGUUGUUACCAGUCCAAGAACGGGUAGAUACAGUGCUGAUGCAGCUGGUGGAGAUGCUUCCGUCGAGUUGGUCAGGCGUUGCAGGCAUGCAGCGGCUGCUGUUGGUGACCUAAUUUUUAUUUAUGGUGGUUUACGUGGUGGAGUCUUGCUGGAUGACCUGCUUGUUGCUGAAGAUCUUGCUGCUGCGGAAACAACAAGUGCUGCUUCGCAUGCUGCUGCUGCAGCAGCUGCGUCUGAUGUACAAAUGGGACGACCAGGAGGAUAUGGAUUUGUUGAUGAUAGAACAGGGCAAACAAUGUCUGAUGCGGCUGCUGACGGUGCAGUUGUUUUGGGAAAUCCAGUUGCCCCCCCUGUAAACGGUGACAUGUACACUGAUAUCAGCACUGAAAAUGCAUUGCUUCAGGGAUCUAGGAGAACUAGCAAAGGAGUUGAGUAUCUGGUUGAAGCAUCUGCUGCAGAAGCUGAAGCUAUCAGUGCCACACUGGCUGCUGCCAAGGCGCGGCAAGAGAAUGGAGAAGUUGAAUCACCAGAUCGGGAUCGUGGGGCUGAGGCUACUCCUAGUGGGAAACAAAUAUCUUCCAUGAUUAAGCCUGAAUCUGCAGGCCCAAAUAGUAUUGCUUCUGGUGGAGUCAGGCUGCAUCAUAGAGCUGUGGUUAUUGCCGCAGAGACUGGUGGUGCACUAGGUGGCAUGGUUAGGCAGCUUUCGAUUGAUCAGUUUGAAAAUGAAGGUAGACGGGUCAGUUAUGGGACUCCAGAAAGUGCAACUGCUGCUAGAAAGUUAUUAGAUCGGCAGAUGUCUAUCAAUAGUGUCCCAAAGAAGGUCAUAGCACACCUCUUAAAGCCUCGUGGCUGGAAACCACCAGUUCGACGACAGUUUUUCUUGGAUUGCAAUGAAAUUGCAGAUCUUUGUGAUAGUGCGGAGAGGAUAUUUUCUAGCGAACCAACUGUCAUACAGCUUAAGGCACCAAUUAAAAUAUUUGGUGAUUUACAUGGGCAGUUUGGGGAUCUCAUGCGCCUUUUUGAUGAGUAUGGUUCACCAUCAACUGCCGGUGACAUAGCAUAUAUCGAUUAUCUAUUCCUAGGAGAUUAUGUUGAUAGGGGCCAACACAGCCUGGAAACUAUAAGCCUUCUGCUUGCUUUGAAGGUUGAGUAUCCAAACAAUGUUCACUUAAUACGUGGAAAUCAUGAAGCUGCAGAUAUUAAUGCCCUUUUUGGUUUUCGCAUUGAGUGCAUAGAGAGGAUGGGUGAGAGAGAUGGAAUUUGGACAUGGCACCGGAUAAAUCGUCUGUUUAACUGGCUUCCUCUUGCCGCUCUAAUUGAGAAAAAAAUUAUUUGCAUGCACGGGGGUAUUGGUCGUUCAAUAAAUCACUUGGAACAAAUUGAGAAUAUUCAGCGUCCUAUCACAAUGGAAGCAGGAUCAAUUGUGCUGAUGGAUCUUUUGUGGUCUGAUCCUACCGAGAAUGACAGCGUGGAAGGUCUGCGACCAAAUGCUAGAGGUCCAGGGUUAGUUACUUUUGGGCCUGACCGUGUAAUGGAAUUUUGCAAUAACAAUGAUCUUCAGCUGAUUGUUCGUGCACAUGAAUGUGUGAUGGAUGGCUUUGAGCGUUUUGCCCAGGGACAUUUAAUCACCCUUUUCUCAGCUACAAACUACUGCGGUACUGCAAAUAAUGCUGGAGCGAUAUUAGUUUUGGGGAGGGAUCUUGUGGUGGUUCCUAAACUGAUUCAUCCAUUACCACCAGCACUUUCUUCACCAGAAACAUCACCAGAACGUCAUAUUGAAGAUACUUGGAUGCAGGAGUUGAAUGCGAACAGACCACCAACUCCAACUAGAGGUCGUCCUCCAGGAGCAAAUGACCGUGGUUCGCUGGCUUGGAUAUAGUGAUAAUUAAGAAAACCACUAAUGUUUAUGCUGUUAGAGGUUGUGCUAUCGCCUGAAUUUCGGUGUUAUGCACAUAGCAUGAUGCCAUUUAUGGGAAUGCGAGUUUCUGAUCUUUAAUACUGUGGAAAGCUUGAAGAUAUUCACGUUCUGGUUCUCACCAGUCUACCCAGCAUCCCUUUAGAAGAUAUACACACGUUUGAGAAGUAAGAUCGGUACCUGCUGCUAGGUUCACUGCUCAUACAAAGCUAGAAGUUGCAGUCGGGGUUCCACUCACCCAUUGUAAAUUGAGCCAUAGGUACAAAAUCAAGGUCAUGGUUCUGUGUCAUGGAUUGUCAGUGUUGGCUAUUUUCCUUAUUGAUUUUUAAAUAUUUUUUACUCAUCGCCCCAUGUUAUCAUUCUUUUUCAAAAUCGCAAGGACAACGGGGUUAUAAUAUUUUCUUUCUUUCUUUGUGUUGGUGAGAUAUAUACGAGAAAUCUUCUUGGCGGUCCGUGUAUCAUAGGUGUUGCUUUGUGUUAUUCUCAACUAUGCACUGUAUAAUUACUAUGCACUGUAUAAUUAAUAGUGUGAAUCAAGAACUCCGACACAGAAAUGUGAAUUUUGAUAGAUAUUAUGUAAUUUUUUCCUGUGCAGCAGAGUUUUGGAGACUA